AUGUUGACUCGUUGCCGUCUGGUGCUUCUUAUCAGUCCCGUCCUUAUUGCUAUUAUCGUUUAUCCAGUCUCAUUUGAUGGGAAACAAGUUGCCUCUAUCGAUGCGCCGAUAGAAACGACUUUUGAUGUUUUCAUAAAAAAUCUAUGGAAAUUUCAUCCAUUUAUUGUUGACGUAAAAGAAUUGAAGAAAAUCAAUGAAACUUGCUCCUAUUAUGAAAUCCUCGAUCAAAUACCGCUGUUUCCAUCAAUGAACAUUAGCCUCCCAGCCCCAUAUUAUGUCGAAAUGAAUGUCGAUCGGAAAACGUUUUGCUUAACAAGCUCGAUUUGGACGUCAUUCUAUACUAUGCAUGCCUAUCAUCAAUGUUGUAUGCAUACGAAUACGUUAAAACCGUCAACAACGAUAAUUACGGAUCAAUUUACUGGCAAAUCUUGGAUGAUUUUUCAGAAUUUUAUAAAUAAAGAUAAAAUUUAA